CCUCCGGCGCGUUCCCGGGACCUCGCACCCUGCGCGUCAGGCGGCCGCCCAGUGCCCCGCGCGCCCAUAGGGUGGUGCCUCUCGGGCGCCCCCAGGCCCGGACGCCAGAUCUCCAGGGCCAGCGCGCCUUCUCCCGCAGCCUGCCUGCAGCCCUUUAUACCCAGCCAACCCGGCGCUCACUAAUGUUUAACUCGGGGCUGAAACUUGGAAGCGCCUUGUGACUACGCGCCUGGAGCUCCGGAGCUGCACGCGCGUCCGGGCGGCUCGCCAGACUUCUGCCUGCGCUCCGGCUCCGAAACUUCAGUUUCGAAGCGACGCAGACCAUGAAGACACCCUGGAAGGUGCUCCUGGGAUUGCUGGCGAUCGCUGCGCUCGUCACCGUCAUCACCGUGCCCGUGGUUCUGCUGACCAAAGGCAAUGAUGCUUCAACUGAUAGUCGCAGAACCUACACUCUAGCUGAUUAUUUAAAAAAUACUUUUAGAAUGAAGUUCUACAACUUGAGAUGGGUUUCAGAUCAUGAAUAUCUCUACAAACAAGAAAAUAAUAUCUUGCUAUUCAAUGCUGAAUAUGGAAACAGCUCCAUUUUCUUGGAGAACAGUACAUUUGAUGAAUUUGGACAUUCUAUAAAUGAUUAUUCAGUUUCUCCAGAUAGACAAUAUAUUCUCUUCGAAUACAACUAUGUGAAGCAAUGGAGGCAUUCCUACACAGCUUCCUAUGACAUUUAUGACUUAAAUAAAAGGCAGUUAAUUACAGAAGAGAGAAUCCCAAACAACACACAGUGGAUCACAUGGUCACCAGUGGGUCAUAAAUUGGCAUACGUUUGGAACAAUGAUAUUUAUGUGAAAAAUGAACCAAAUUCUCCAAGUCAGAGGAUCACACAAACUGGGCAAAAAGAUGUAAUCUAUAAUGGAAUAACUGACUGGGUUUAUGAAGAGGAAGUCUUCAGUACUUAUUCCGCUCUGUGGUGGUCUCCAAACGGCACUUUUUUAGCAUAUGCCCAAUUUAACGACACAGAAGUCCCACUGAUUGAAUACUCCUUCUACUCCGAUGAGUCACUGCAAUACCCAAAGACCGUGAAGAUUCCAUAUCCAAAGGCAGGAGCUGUGAAUCCAACUGUAAAGUUCUUUAUUGUAGAUAUCAGCAGUCUCAGCCCGAACAUUAGUGCAACUUCCAAACAAAUUGUUCCUCCUGGUUCUGUGUUAAUAGGGGAUCACUACUUGUGUGGCGUGACAUGGGUAACAGAAGAAAGGAUUUCUUUGCAGUGGCUCCGCAGGAUUCAGAACUAUUCGAUCAUGGAUAUCUGUGACUAUGACAGGUCCACGGGAAGAUGGAUUUCCUCAGUGGAACGGCAACACAUUGAAAUAAGUACCACUGGCUGGGUUGGAAGAUUUAGGCCUGCAGAGCCUCAUUUUACCUCUGACGGGAAUAGCUUCUACAAGAUCAUUAGCAACGAAGAGGGUUACAAACACAUUUGUCACUUCCAAACAGAUAAGAGAAAUUGCAUAUUUAUUACAAAAGGAGCCUGGGAGGUCAUUGGGAUAGAAGCUCUUACCAGUGAUUAUCUAUACUACAUUAGUAAUGAAUAUAAAGGAAUGCCAGGUGGAAGAAAUCUUUAUAAAAUCCAACUUAAUGAUUACACAAAAGUGAUGUGCCUCAGUUGUGAGCUGAAUCCAGACAGGUGUCAGUAUUACUCUGUAUCGUUCAGUCAAGAUGCAAAGUACUAUCAGCUGAGAUGUUCCGGUCCUGGUCUGCCCCUAUAUACUCUGCAUAACAGCAGCAAUGAUAAAGAACUGAGAGUCCUGGAAAACAAUUCAGAUUUGGAUCAAGUGCUGCAGGAUGUCCAGAUGCCCUCAAAGAAACUGGACUUCAUUCAUUUGCAUGGAACAAAAUUUUGGUAUCAGAUGAUCUUGCCCCCUCAUUUUGAUAAAUCCAAGAAAUAUCCUCUGCUAAUAGACGUAUAUGCAGGCCCCUGUAGUCAAAAAGCAGAUGCUAUCUUCAGACUCAACUGGGCUACUUACCUUGCAAGCACAGAAAACAUUGUAGUAGCUAGCUUUGAUGGCAGAGGAAGUGGUUACCAAGGAGAUAAGAUCAUGCAUGCAAUCAACAGAAGAUUGGGAACAUUUGAAGUUGAAGAUCAAAUUGAAGCAACCAGACAGUUUUCAAAAAUGGGAUUUGUGGACGACAAACGGAUUGCAAUUUGGGGCUGGUCAUACGGAGGGUACGUAACCUCAAUGGUGCUGGGAGCAGGAAGUGGUGUGUUCAAGUGUGGAAUAGCCGUGGCGCCUGUUUCCAGGUGGGAGUACUAUGACUCCGUGUACACAGAGCGUUACAUGGGUCUUCCAACUCCAGAAGACAACCUUGACUCUUACAGGAAUUCAACAGUCAUGAGCAGAGCUGAAAAUUUUAAACAAGUUGAGUACCUCCUUAUUCAUGGAACAGCAGAUGAUAACGUUCACUUUCAGCAGUCAGCUCAGAUCUCCAAAGCCCUGGUGGAUGCUGGAGUGGAUUUCCAGUCAAUGUGGUAUACAGAUGAAGACCAUGGGAUCGCCAGCAGCACAGCACACCAACACAUAUACACCCACAUGAGCCACUUCCUAAAACAAUGCUUCUCUCUACUUUAGCACCUCGGAACGGCAUGCCAUUUAAAGCUUGUGAAAAGCUACUUUUGCUCUCAUUAUCUCAAAACUGCACUGUCAGGAUGAUGCCUUAAAAAAAUACACUCAAAUCAAGAAAAAUAAGUUUACCUUGUUCCCAAAUUUCAUAUCUAUAACCUGAAAUAGGGACUUCUGUCUUUGCAAGAGACUUACCUUAUGGAAAUUUCAGUCUGUUUUUUUUAUUAUUAUUAUUUAAAAUAAUUUCCACAUCAGCUGGUGAAACAGCAACUAAGAAUUGUUUUUAUGGGAGCUUUGCAGAGGUUCCCUGAGCAGCAUAAUUUUCUAACUGGACUAGUCCAUAUCUUGUUCUCUUCUUUGAAGGAACGGCAGGAUGUGGGCAGUGAUGUCACUGAGGCAGGGGCAAGAAAAGAGGGGUUAGGGAGAGAAGCUGGCAGGGCAAGGCUGCGAACCCCAGUCCACGCCUGCUGACCCAACCAGGCUACUGUCAGCUCCUCAGAGAAGAGCUGUUCUCAGCCAGACUGGCACAGUUUUCUGAGAAAGACCAUUCAAACAGUCUCAGGAAAUCAUAUAUGCAAAGCACUGACUUCUGAGUAAAACCACAGCAGUUGAAUAGACUCCAAAGAAAUGAGAGGGAAGCUGCCAACAAUGCAAGGCCCCCAGGUGCCAGUUAUGGCUAUAGGUGCUACGAAAACACAGCAAGGGUGAUGGGAAAGCAUUGUAAAUGUGCUUUAAAAAUACUGAUGUUUCCUAGUGAGAGAAGCAGCUUGGAAGGGAGAUGUGAACACAUCAGCUUGCCCUGUUAAGAUAUGAAAAUAUUUGUAUUGCAAAUCCUAACUUGAAGGAGUCUUUGCAUCAGUUUUUCUUACUGCAUUUCUUUGAGCAUCUAAUUAAAAGAAUAUUUUAACUUUCUUGGACUUGUUUUUAAAAAUUGAAAAUAAGCUACAAAUGUAUAUAAUAUGAUUCCCAUUCUAUAUACUGUGGAAUUUCUCCUGGUCAGUAAUAAAUAUGCCUUCAUUUUUUUCAGA